AUAUAUAAGUUUCUUAUUGUUACCUUUUAAGUCUCUUCAUAACUUAGCCCCAUCUCCUAACUGAUUUAGUAACCUAUUAUGAUGUCAGCCCCUGCCUUUACUCUGCAAGUGUUCCCAUCCCUUAUCACCAGCCAAUCAGCUGCUUGCUUAAACACCUCUAUGCUUGCUGCCAUGCUGCCCCUUAUGCUUAAGGAAAACUCCCUGAUGAAUAUCUGAAGAGCCACUAUUUUAUCCUUCAUAUCCUUCUUUAAGGCUGGUCUCUGCUGUGAUGCUUACUAAUCUCAUCUUGCUAAUCAUGGCUAAGCAGAUGAUCAGCUGAGACUAAUUUCUUUUCUUUCCUUUCUCUACUCCUUUACUUCCUAUCUUUACCCUCAAAAAAUAAAGUAAAAACCAACUGCAAUCCAUGUAACUAGCAAAGUUGUGACAGCAUAUUCAUUGCUCAUUUGUUGUAUCCACCCCUGCCCUUUUGUUUGUGUCUUUAAGUUGUAAACCUUCGAGAGCAGGUAUUCUCUUUUUUGUUUCUAUUUCUGUAUAAUGCCCAGUACUAUUGGGCUUCAGUCCUGAAUGAGGUCUUUGGGUUCUACCGUCAUAUAAGUAACUAAUCAUCAUUGCCAUUGGUUACAAAGUCUGAUUGUAAGAAGAGAUUGUCACCUCUUAUUUAGUUUACUUUUAUUUCUCCACAUAUGGAAAAAAUAAUAUUUUAUUUUCCAGGUCAUCGCUUUGAUCCUUCUUGCCUCUUGGAAGGUGACAUGCAAAUGCAGUUGGAUGACUGAUGACAGAAACUUGAAUCAAAAUGCCUAAUUUCGAACAUCCAGAGUAUCCCGAAGCUACCUUGCUUCACCUGGAAAGUAUGGUGCCCUGUCGAGAAUCCCAAGUGUCAUCACUGUUGUCAAUAUUUGGAGAGCGUCAACAUUUUAGCUUCCCAUCCAUCUUUAUCUAUGGACAUACCUCUAGUGGCAAGACCUAUGUGAUGCAAACUCUUCUGGAAACAUUAGAGCUUCCUCAUGUGUUUGUGAACUGUGUUGAAUGCUUUACUUCAAGGCUGCUUUUAGAGGAAAUUUUGACCCAGUUGCAGAGCCUUUCAUCUGAAAAUAAACACGGUUCUCAUGUGCCCUGUGACACGUUUAAUGACUUUGUACGUCUGUUUAAGCAAGAAAUUAUUACUCAAGAUCUACAGAAUCAAACAGUAUAUAUUGUCCUGGAUAAAGCAGAGCAGCUGAGGGAAAUGGAGGCAAAUAUGUUGCCAGGGUUUCUUAGACUACAAGAAAUGACAGACAGAAAUGUCACUGUUAUUUUCCUUAGUGAAAUUGUGUGGGAACUGUUUCGUCCAAACACUGGAUGCUUGGAGCCAUUCACCUUGUAUUUUCCUGACUACAGCAUAGGAAAUCUACAAAAGAUUCUGUCCCAUUAUCAUCCUCCAGAAUAUUCUGCUGAUUUCUAUGCUGCGUACAUUAAUAUUCUUCUUGGUGUCUUCUACACAGUCUGCAGGGACUUGAAAGAGCUUCGACAUCUGGCUGCACUAAAUUUUACUAAAUAUUGUGAACCUGUAGUCAGAGGAGAAGCAAAUGAACGUGACACACGUCGACUCUGGAAAAAUAUUGAAUCUCAUUUGAAGAAAGCAAUGCAGACUGUUUAUCUCCGGGAAAUAUCCAGCUCACAGUGGGAGAGAAUACAGCAGGAUGAUGGAGAAUCUGGGCACUUGAAAGGACUUUCUGCACAUGCUCACGUAGAACUUCCUUAUUACUCCAAAUUCCUUCUAAUAGCUGCUUACCUUGCCUCCUACAAUCCUGCCAGGACAGAUAAGAGGUUCUUCCUUAAGCAUCAUGGGAAAAUCAAGAAGACAAACUUUCUGAAAAAACAUGAAAAGACCAGCAAUCACCUCCUUGGACCAAAGCCAUUCCCCCUGGACAGAUUGUUAGCAAUAUUAUACAGUAUUGUGGACAACAAAGUUGCUCCAACUGCAAAUAUAUUUUCCCAGAUCACCUCUCUUGUGACACUCCAGCUUUUAACCUUGGUUGGCCAUGAUGACCAGCUUGAUGGACCGAAGUACAAAUGUACUGUCUCUCUAGACUUCAUCAGGGCUAUUGCAAGGACCGUGAACUUCGACAUAAUAAAGUACUUGUACGAUUUCUUGUGAAAACAAGCCUCACAGCCAUAUGGACACUGUGACAAUGACUAAAGCAAGCUGUGUUCCUCUAUCUACUUAGCUGGCCAGGCAGAGGAGCAUUUUGGCUCUACUGGAUUUGUCCAAACAGGUGCUGGCCCAGCAUGCAAUCUGAUGAAAAUAUUCUGAUUGGUCUGGGUGGAUCUGAGCAGAGGACUAUUUACCGGGGACCCUGGAGUAUUUGGAAGCAAUGUGUUAAUUAUAAACAGCAGGAUUUGAGCACAAUCUGUUCUACUCUUAAUGAUGUUAUCUUAACACUGAAAUUGCCUGAAACCCAUUUACUUAGGACUACAUUCUGCUCUAUGAACUAUCCCCUGUGCUUUGAACAUGGCAGCAGCCCUUGUUUGUAUGCCCAGGCUUUUCACGUCCUCUCCGCAGGAAUCUUUGCAAUUGCCUGCCAAAGCAGCUUUUCCUAAAGCCACCAUUUUAAGAGAGUGGAGCAGCAAAAUAUAAUAAACGUAAGUGCAUGUUUAAAAUCAA